UCUUUGUUUUCCCGGCUAAAAAGGAUGUCACGUUUUAUCCGCUUUUAAUGCUCUUUUUCAUUUCCUGUUUCUUGCAAAUAGAAAUCCUGAGAAAUCCCUAGCCCACUUCUUUACUUUGCCUUAGCUGUAUUCUACAACCCUGACGAGUCGGCUACUUACGAGGGUUGUAUAUUACUCUUUCUCUCUGUUUCAUAUCAAGUAUUUGUUGAUGAAAAAAAAAAUUCGUUACAAAAUAAGUGUUGUUUUCAAAUUUUAAUGUAAAACUAGAUUCUGACCCGCCCUUAAAAGGGCGGGUAUAUUUUUUGUUUUACAUUUUUUUAGAAAUUUAAUUUUUAUAUUUUGUGUUUUAAAUUUUAAUUUUAGAAAUUUGAUUUUCAUAUUUUUUUAUUUCUUUGUAAUUAUAUUUGUAUUUUCUUUGUAAUUAUAUUUGUGUGUAAAUUUUAAUCAAAAUCUAUUUUAUGAAAUAAUAUCAAUUCAAAAGUUGAUCCGGCAUACGCUUGGUUCUUUGUAAUCAUAUGCCGAUAUAGCCGUUUUUUUGUAAUCAUAUUUUUUUUGUUCUAGGUCUUGACCCGUGAAUAUAUUGUUGGUUUGUAAUUUUUGGUUUUUUAUGUUUCUGUAAAUAUGCAACAUUUUUCUGUAAUUUUUUUAAUAUGUUAAAGAAAUUUAAUUUAUAUACACUUAUGGUAAGUAAGAAUAAGAAUGAACGAAAGGUGUUCCUCGGAAUUCUAGUAGGAUUAUCCUAACGUAGUGGUAAGUAUAUAUUAACUGAAAAAGGUAGAGUUAUAUAACAUAGGGUUAAAUUUUUUUUACUUGUUGAUAACCACCCUAAUGUAUUGGUUAUUGUUUAAAUAAAAUCAAAUACAGUUAUGUAAAGAGAAUAAUAAGUGGCUCAUUAAAUAAAUGGAAUAAAUAAUUGGACAUAACAUUUAUCAAUAGAUACUAAAGCGAAUCAAUCCAUUUUUAGUCUAUUUACUUUAAAUUUGUUUUGAUAUUUUUAAUAAAAUAAAAUUAAUUUAUUAGUUUAACUUGGUUUAUAUUUGAUAAAUGUUUUGUAUAUUUGAUUUAAUAACCCGUGAAAACAUAAAUAAUUAUCUGGUACACUAUAAAAGUAAGAUAUUAUAAAUAUUAACUAACUUUAGAUAUUUUUUAUUAAAAAUAGAUAAUAAUUUUAAUUGUGACCAUGUUAUAUUAAACAAAUAACUUAAAUUCAAUUAAAUCAUAUAUUGAUCUAAAUUUGAAAUGUUCGUCGUUUUUUUGUUGUAAAAAAAAAAGAGAAUACAGAUAAUGGUUACAUUAAAUAUUUGAUAGGUUAACUAUAAAACCAAAAACAUGAACCAAAGAACUAAAUAUCAUAAAUAAAAGAAUUUGCUUUAAUAUUCCGUGGAUGAUAAAUACCAUGGUUCCUUAAUGGUUAAAAAUAAAUACCAUGGUCCCAAUUUCAAAACAAAAACAUUAUACCAUGGGUCUCUGAAACUUGAUAGUGGCCUUCUCUGACCACGAAGAGUGUCGUAACACUUAGCAUUAGAAUUUAGUUUUAACUUGGAACUGUCUACUAUUAUACGUUAGUGAAGCAUAUAUUUAAUAAUUUAUUUUUAUAUGUUCAAAUACUCUGAUAACCGUCGCGUAGGAGAGGAGCCCGAGAAUUUUGGAACUUAAAAGGGAAGUUACAAAAUAUUCAGAUUUUCAAUUGGUAAUUUAAAUAUAGGUCUAACGGUAUAAUAAAUAAUAUUCCAAAUAAUGAUAGGAAUAAAAAUAAUAAUAAUUGGACCCUACUUUUAUCAAUGGGUCAAACUGCUGUUUUAAUAGAAUAGAUUUAUUAAUUUUAUUCAGCUAUAUAUUUUUCUAUUAGGUGAAAUAUGGUUAAAUAUAUAUGUAAUUAUGUUUUUAUAUAAAAAAUAUACAAAAUUAAUUAUAUUUUUGCUAAAAUUCACACCUUCAAUAUUAUCAAUCAAAAUCUCAAAGCUCUACUUGCAUCUUGACAAAAAAAAUGUUUUGUUUUUAUGAACAAUCUGCUGUUGCUGUCACAAACAUUGAAUACACAAUGUCAUAAAUGUUGUACAAAAAUUGCGUGUAAUAAAUGGCCAGGGCCGGCUCGAAGCUCGCUGAUCGUCCUUAUUUGCUUCUCUAUUCCCACACACAAUCGUUUUUAUUUCGCUUUUCUUAUACCUCAUUUUAUUUAUAUCAUCUAUAUAUAAAGAACCCUUCCUUUGGCUUUUGUUUCAUCUUUACGACAUUAAAAACCAGACCAGAAACACAUUAAUAGUUUUACCUUUUUCUCAAAAAUUCUCACUUUGAUCCUAUCUUCCCCUUUUUCACUUGGAGGUUUGUCUGUCUCUUCUAUGAAUUUACAACUUUUACUAUACGAUCAUGAAAAGUUUUCAUUCUCUGUGUUUCGUCUUCUUCUUUAAGCUUCAGAACUUGUAAAGGGUUUUCGUUAUUUUGUUAGCGAGGUGAGCAAAAUGGGAAGAAAGCCUUGCUGUGACAAGAAAGGUUUAAAGAAAGGUCCAUGGACUCCUGAAGAAGAUGAGAUUCUUGUUGAAUAUAUCAAGCAAAACAGCCAUGGAAGCUGGAGAUUACUUCCAAAGAAAGCUGGUUUACUACGCUGUGGAAAGAGUUGUAGAUUGAGAUGGACCAACUAUCUAAGACCAGACAUAAAGAGAGGUCCAUUCACUCCCCAGGAGGAGAAACUCGUUGUCCAACUUCACGCCAUUCUUGGCAACAGGUGGGCUGCUAUAGCAGCACAGCUUCCAGGGAGAACAGAUAACGAGAUCAAGAACUUAUGGAACACACACUUGAAGAAACGUAUGCUAAGUAUGGGUCUUGAUCCCAAAACGCACGAGCCGUUACCUUCACAUGGGUUAGCCAAACAAGCUCCAGCUUCACAAACAACUCGCCACAUGGCUCAAUGGGAAAGUGCUAGGCUUGAAGCUGAGGCAAGACUCUCUAGAGAGUCAAUUCUUUUUAAUCCUUCUUGUGAAGUGAAAUAUGAAUGUGAUCACUUCUUACGCAUAUGGAACUCAGAGAUUGGUGAAUCUUUCAAAAACCUUACUACUACAAGUCAAAGCCCUUGCUCGAGGACAACAUCUUCCUCAUCUGCACUUGUAGGGAAAGAGACUGUUAUGGGGAUUAAUCAUGGCUCUGGCUCUUCUUCUCCAUGUUCGAAUAAUGUUGAAGAUGUUUCAUCAGAUUCUGCUCUUCAGCUUCUACUUGAUUUCCCAAUAAGUGAUGAUGAUAUGAGCUUCUUGGAAGAGAACAUUGGUAGUAGCUACACAGAGUCACACGUUGGUGUUUCUAUCAAUGGUUUCUAAACUUAUGGUUUCUAAAAAAAAGAGAGAUACAUUGUCUAAUGUAAAUUCGCAUUCAGUUGGUUUAAAAUUAUUUAUUUUCUUAUCCGUUGUUUUUAAA